AUGAGUUGCGGGUGCCUUUUUGGUAGUUGCAUCAGGGCAAUCUGCUGCUGCGGCAACAAAUCCUGUCGGGAUGAAGUAGGGAUCGAGUUUUUCAUGAAUGCUGAAGAUGUAUCCGUUUCUCAUGCGGCCAUUAUUGAACUUCACAGCCCACUUGAUCGGACGACGAUUUCUCAAGCUUGGGAGAAGGCGAAAAUGAAGAAUCCAUUCUUGCAUGCGAAAUGGGUCGCCGGAUUUAUUAAGAAAAGGCUUGUCAUUUUAAGAAUAAUAAUGCCUGAAACAACAACAAGCUCACUAGAGAACGUCCCAGUCAACAAAUCGUUGCCGAAAUUCAUCAAAUGCUCAGAAAGCUCCUUCGAAGAAGAAUUCCAGAAGACAGUUCAGAACAAAGUCCAGUUCUCAGAAUUAAUCGUUUGUGAUGCAGGCCUGACCAUCCAAAUCAUCGUCGUUACCCCUCAUUCCCUUGCUGAUGGAACAUCAAUGAUGCUCAUUCUCCACGACAUUUUGACAUUCUACGAAAAACCUCAUUUGUCGCAGCCUCUUGUCACCGAAUAUCCAACUGCAGCACAAUAUCUUUCGCCGAAACUCGACCCAAAGAAAGUCGAAGAGUUCAAGAAGAGAGUCACCGCCGAAAAGGGAGCUUAUCGAAAUGUAGUUCCUCACACUCCCUUCAAAAACAAGCGCCCCAAGCAUGUUCCAACAAAAGUCACGUUGGGAAAAGGAACUCCAGAGGCGAGCAAAAAGCUUCUGGCCUUUUGUCGAAAAAAUGGGAUAACGAUUGGCACUUAUCUCUUUGCAGCAUUUUCUUUUAUCAACUCAAAAAUAACAAAAUCGCACAGCAAAGACCUGAGAUUCGGAGUCGACUACAAUCUUCGCGACCGAUUCCCGAAGAAACUCGGCAACACUACUGUAGCCUGUUACAUCAGCGAAAACGCAUAUCAGCCGAACGCGGAGUUAGAAGAGACACUUGUUCAAGUAGCGACUCGAGCAAAGAGAGAUAUAAACGAAGCGAUAGAAAAUCAAGAGCCUUUUAUGCUCAAAGUUUUGAUCGGGAUGUUUAUCAAAGAUGAGAAGGGAUUUCUUCCGCCGGAGCAAAAUUAUACAAAUUCAAGCGUGAAUUUCUCAAAUGUAGGAAGAUACAAGUUCGAUACGAAAUACGAGUUUGGCGAAAUCCGGGAAAUGUACUGCUCCGGAUUCAGCUGGGAACUCUACGAGUACACUUUUCUCUUUCAGACAACCGAUCGAUUAUGUUUAACGAUAACACACAUGGAUAAAGAGCUUUACAAUGAGACUGCAAAGCAAUAUGUCGACGGAUUCCUGGAGCUGACAGAAAAUCCCGAAAAAUAUGAGUUUGAAACUCUGAGAUCUUACGCAAAUCUUUGA